AUGUCAGCAAAUGCUAAAGGAGACGUUAUCUCAGAGUACGUAGAUGGUGGAUCAUUUUCAAGGAAUAAAUUAGUCAAUAGUAGAGAACAUCUAUUCGGAUCUUUAGAUGAAACGAAACCUGGUAUUUUGCCAGAGAAGUUCCCUAAACCUACAUUAAGUGCUGCAGAACUGAAAGCGUUAAACAAAGAAGAUAUAAAAACUAUCAUAGAUGCUACAGGAUACAGCGAAUCAACCGCACAAUCAAAAUUAAACCAAUUCAAAUCAACAAAAGCUGUUGUAUCAGAUUUCAUAAAUUAA